AUGGCUGGAAAACGGAAGAAGCAGUAUUACUGUAAAAGUGCUGCAAAGAAGGCAAAAGGACAACCAGAACCGGUUAAACUAUCAGAAAAUCUGAAGGGUUUCCUUGUCACUUGUAACAACAAAGAAUUUUUCGCGCUUCGAGAAUCGUAUGAUCUCCUCAAUCAAACUGCUGACAAACUCUAUGGUGUUUACGGUGAAAGCAAAUCCGAUAAAGACCAGGCUGAAGAUGACAUCGAAGCUUCUAUUGCUGCAGAGGUGGCCACACUUAAGUCCUCAUCUGAAAGACGGUUUAUUCAAGCAGAUACAAAAUGUAAAAAUAUUCUGUUCAUUCGUACAAAUGAUCCUCAAGUGGAACCGAACCAAACAGUUGCCACUAUUCUUGGCGAAAUCGGCAAGACGAAAAUGGCCAACUGUCGACACAUUUGCCGUUUUCUGCCAGUGGUCUCUACCUUCAAGGCGACUGAGCCAGAAAAGUUUGAAUCAACUUUUAAAACGCUCUUUGAGUUACACGCUCCUAAAACUGAUCAUUCUUUUUCCGUCAUGGUGAAAAUUCGCAACAACGCCGGUUUUACAAGCUCAACACAGUUGAAGGAAACGACUGUGUCGUUGAUUCGAGAAAUUCGCCCCAACUGGAAUCUGAAUUACGAUGAACCUUCCAUUAUGGUGGCAGUCAACAUUUGUCAACGAGCUGGCUGUCUGAGUAUACUUGAGAAUUACUUUGACCUAGCCAAAUAUAAUCUGGUUGAGUACGCAAACAAGUUUCAGGAACCAAAACCAACGAUUCAAGAAGAAACUAAAACUGAAAAGGUAGAAUCUGAUAAUAAUAAACCAGAUCAGCCGGCGAACCCUGUCACGACACAAAAAGAGGUAAUAAAAGCUAAUAAUAUUGAAGCUAAAGAUGAAAAUGAAGGAUGA